CCUGAUUAUUAUUAUUAUUAUUAUUAUGUAAGAAUUAGUAAAGUGUAGAUGAUGAUAUUAUUGCACACAAUUUCACUUAUUCAUGGAAGCUGACAACGUAAGAUUUAUAGGAAGCGCCAAUUUUGGUAUCAAGCGGCAAGGAAUACGCGUACGCAUUUGUUGCAGGCCUCUAUUGCUGUUGGUUUGAGGUGGUCGCGAAACUCGCUGUCCUCUCCCUUCCAACAUUGGUUCUCUUAUCGAUCUCCACGUUUGUUACCGUUUUUCACAGCCUUAACAUUUACACCGACUACGCGGUAAUCAACGGAGAGUUGUGGUGUGUUGUUGGAGCCGAAUAUUAAGCACUACACCUCAUUGCAAGACAUUUUCUGCUGAGAGAGAGGAGGGGAAAAACAGAGAGAUUUACGACCCCCCUCACCCCUUUUCCCAAAAAAGAGAAAUACCCCUUCUGUGCGGAGUUUGUGGGGAUCGUGGAAAUGUUUUGAGCUUGUGGGAUGUUUGAAAUUUGCUGGAUUUCCCGGAAAAUUUUGGAAGCUGGGAGCUGGAAUUCUUGAUUUUUGGGGAAGUUAGGAAGACUUUGCUUUAUUUUUCCGGGAAUUUCAGAGAAGGGCAUUGCGGAAUCUUGAUUUUGAGCGUAACGGGAGAAGUGGGAAUUUGAAAUUUUCUUCUUUCUCUCAGUUUUUUGGAGGAAGCUUGCAGGUGGGUUGUAAAGAUUGAGAUUUUCUCUGUUUUCUUUUGGAAUUUAGGAGUUGGCAAAGAAUUUUUGUAGCCUGUACAGAUUUCUGUCUUGAUCAAGGAGUGGCUCAAAGAUCAAGGAAGAAAAAUUUUGCGUAGAGAAGCCGGAGCAGGGAGGUCAUUUUUUGGAGAUAGAUUAGGAUCUUUAGUUUUGUCCACUCGUGGAAUUGUAUAUUAUGAGAUUUUUGAGUCUUGUGGGCAACUCUUUUGGAUGUUCGUCAUCUGGGGAGCGUCUGGUUUCUGCAGCAAGAGAUGGGGAUCUUCAAGAAGCUAAGGCUUUGUUGGAGUACAAUCCUCGUCUUGUGAGGUAUUCAACUUUUGGUGUUCGCAAUUCUCCUUUGCAUUAUUCUGCAGCUCAAGGUCAUUAUGAGGUUGUCUCAUUAUUGCUUGAGUCUGGAGUUGAUAUUAAUCUCAGGAACUAUCGUGGACAGACUGCCUUGAUGCAAGCUUGCCAAUAUGGUCACUGGGAGGUUGUUCAGAUUUUGGUGCUACUUAAGGCCAAUAUUGACAGUACAGAUUAUCUGAAUGGAGGAACUGCGCUCCACUUAGCUGCUCUAAAUGGCCAUGCCCGGUGCAUUCGGCUUCUCCUUGCUGAUCACAUUCCCAGCAUUCCUAAUGUUUCCACUAUCUUAAGGAAGAAAUUGAAAAAUGAUGAAUCUGUUUCAGAGUUUGAUUGGCGUGCACUUGCUGAGAUAGUCAAUGGAACUGCUGAUGGUGGCGUUACUGCCCUUCAUAUGGCUGCACUAAAUGGGCACGCUGAAACUGUUCACCUCCUUCUGGAUCUCGGGGCCUCUGUAUCUGCUACCACAGUGGAUGAUGGGACUACUUUCGAUUUAAUAGGUGCUGGCAGCACUCCCCUUCAUUAUGCCGCAUGCGGUGGUAAUGCACAGUGUUGCCAGCUUUUAAUAGCAAAGGGUGCAGGUCUGACAAUAGAAAAUUCAAAUGGAUGGACUCCCUUGAUGGUCGCUCGUUCAUGGCAUAGAGAUUGUCUAGAGGACAUUCUUAGCCAACAACAAGGAAGCCAGCGAAGACUCAGUCCUUCACCCUAUUUAUGUCUUCCACUUAAGAGCAUUGUUGAUAUUGCCAGUGUUAUCCUUCUCUAUGACAUUUUCAGAGAAUGUGGAUGGGGAGGCGAUGAUUCGUCAUCUGCGUGCUCGGACCCGUGUGUCGUUUGCUUGGAGAGAAAAUGCACAGUUGCUGCAGAAGGUUGUCGCCAUGAGUUCUGCACUCACUGUGCUUUAUAUCUAUGCUCGACAAACAGCACGUCGAUAGUGGCUCAUGCUCCAGCAGGCUCGAUCUCGUGUCCCCUAUGCCGCCACGGAAUAGUUUCUUUUGUUAAGCUUCCAGGCACAAAACCGGUAGUUAAAGAAAUGGCAAGAACGAGAUCGUUAACCUUCUGUACUUGCUCAGCUGAGGUUACAGAUCCCAACACCCUGGAAACAGCAGUGUGCAAGCCCGGUAUCUCAUGUGCACGACUUCCGCAGUUUGGUUCUUCGUUCCAACCCGUAACCUGCCAAAACUUUCCGGCUGUUAAAUUCAAUCCCAGCCUUUGUUUGGGAGCCCCGGAUGCCAGUCCUGCCUUGGUAGGAAGAUCUGUCGAAUCCAGUUCCGGGAAAGACUUGGUUAGAUGUUCGAGGUUAAGCUUUAGGCGCUCGGCUUCACAGAAUGAGGGCCGGAGAUGGUUGUGUUCCUUUAGUCCAUCCGUGCCAACCGAAAGAAGCUGCUGAAGACUGACGGCAAUCAGAUACAUCCACAACUCGACUUUCGGACAUAAACGGUAUGUCGCCAUUUGCUUUUGUUCGCGGCCAACAACUAUUUACGAAAAUUCGUAUUUGUAUGUGUAUAUAUAUGGGGUAUACGCAAUGAUCAAGUGAAUGGCUUCAUUUGAGUUCUUGUUCAGUCUUCCAUGCCAGCUAAAAAGAGGCAUAUCCUUUUUAUGAAUAUGUUUUUUAA